GGUCAGACACAGACAAUAGCGCUGAGCAGCGAAGUGAUAAAAUCAUUCGUAAUUGGCUGGCCUACUCAAUCGACCACAAAUCGAUCUGUGUACAUAACACCUAAACAUAAUAUACAUUGAAGAGAUCAACUUUAAAAAGAUUCCGAAGCAGACUAUCAUAUGAGUCAUCUACUGUGUACUUAAUCCGAGAGGACUCGCGGAAUUUAGCUCGAAAUUAAAAACAACAUUGAUUAAUUUCUUACAGCCGGUUUUGCCACGCGUUAUUAGUUAGGAGUGAGGACAAGUUUUUAUUUUGUUAUACUGUUGUUCACUUUUGGUUUUUAGCCGCUCGCUGGGUGAUUUAUUGUUCCGAUCACGAAAAGUUAUCGACCCAAGGCCUUUUGCGCGGGGUAAAGUCAGUUUGUAGGAAGUUUUCCUAGGCCUCUCGAGGCCGUUGGUAUUUCCACCAUGGCGGCUGACAUACAGACGGCAGAGGCUUCGAUGAUGAUGUGUACGUUGACAAAUACACAGGAAUCAAAUAGUGAAAUACAAGCUAUGAUUAACGAGGUUCGUUCUAAGGCUGAACUCGCUGUAGGAAGAAACUAUAGUCACUAUGAAGCGACUCAAUUCGCAACUCAACUGGUAAACGGUGUCAACUAUUUCGUAAAGGUAAAAACGGAAGAAAAUAACUACAUCCACAUAAAGCUACACAAGGUUUUCGGCGGUGACGUCACGUUUACGUGCCUGGUUGACAACAAAGCGAAAGAUGACGAGAUACUUUACUUUUGAAUAAUUUAAUUGAUGACGUAGACAAACGAAAACAAAACCGUAACCUACCGAACCACCAGUCUCACGUCGGUUGGAGAACUGAUUUUUAUCGGCCAUAUAUUUGAGAAAUUAGGAUAAUGCUAUUAGAUGCAGGCUACGCCUACUUGUUCAGCCAUCAAGUUACGAAGUUUUAAUUUUAGGAGCCGAGGUACGUCAGCCGUUCGAAGGCCUAAUAAAAUUGCUAAAUAUUGAUGAUUUUUAUUAUUAAUAACUCUUGACGGCCUGGGAGUGACACGGAUACUAGGAUUGGUCAGACUUGUUAAGCUCUGCUACGGUAGGCCUAAACUUGAGGCACGCUUUUUCGAAAUGAUCCACGAAUAAUUAAAACUGAAGCUUAAUUAGGCGUGAUUACGAAAUUAAUAGUUUACAUAAGUAUAAUUAUAAUAAGUAAUACAAGAUUUAUUAUAUUAUAGUAUAAUAAUUUAAAUAUUGUGUGCAUUAAGGAAAUUUUACGGUACUAUAGUAUCGUUGCCAAUGACGUGGAUAUAGUUUAAAAGCAGGAUUAACGAUGCUAUGCCUCAAUAGUAUAUUUGACAGGGCCAUUGUUCUGUUCAAAGAUAUUGAGGCUACAAAUGCAUUGUUAAGCGCUUAUUUAAAAGCCAUUAAAAUUGGCAUAUUUAAUAAUUGUAUCCAUAAAGUACCGUAAUUAGUGUACAUCUGAAAUUAAGUAGAUUAACGAAUGUGACAGGUCUACGUUAAAGUUUUAGGCCCAGAUUUGUAUCAAAUGAUGAAAUCCUUUUGCGUGCCAAAUCGGAAGAAUUUUAUGCAAUAUUAUAAAGUGUUGCAACCAUACAACCUUUUGCUGCUCAUUUUGUAAAGUAUUCCAAACAGCAAUUACACGAAGUUGUGUUGCGUUUGCCUAAUUGGUUAAAACCGCAUGAAUCUCUCAUAAAUCACUUAAUAUAUUUAGACAUAUGGAUUUACAUAAUUACAUAAUUCAAAAUGAGAAAAGAUUGUUGGUUUUCACACGGUUUUAUCUACACGGAUGUUGAGGUUUCACGAAAUAUGUUGGUAGGAUUAGAAUCUAUAUGACAGCUAAAUGGUAGUGGUUUGUCUCCAAUAAUGACAGGCUGUAAGCCAAAGCUUGAAAAAAUAUAAAAUCCUUAUGCUGUUCCUUUAUUAAAGAAUUUAUAUUUUACCGCAA